AUGGGAAGUUGCAUGAGGGUUUGUCACAAGUUUGAGUUGUGUCGCUCAGUGGAUUGGAUACGAGAAACAAAGACAUGUCGGCUAAACACGAGAUUUGGCAUCAAUACUGUUAAUAGUCUUAUGACCGGUGGACGCAUCAUUCAUGUUGACCGGGAAAGUUUUCCGAAGCACAUGACGGCCGAUUGUCACAAGCUUGCCUGUACCGAAGAUGCAAUCUGUCUUGGGGGUAGUUGUAUGCCUAUUUUAAAAGAAAAAAUAUAUAAAGACUGUUCAGAUAUUGUAAAAAGAGACCCAAGCAAGAAAGGACAAGAUGGCGUAUACGUAAUCUACCCUGACACCCGGAGAGAGGUGUUCUGUGACAUGACAACAGAUGGAGGAGGGUGGACGGUCAUUCAAAGACGACAGGAUAGUCAAGUGAGCUUUUACAGAACAUGGAUAUUGUACAAAUCUGGAUUUGGGGAAGCCUCUACAAACUAUUGGAUAGGGAAUGACGCAAUCUACGCUUUAACAAGAGAUAAAAACCAGGAACUUCGAAUUGAUCUCGAGAGACAUGACGGCGAACAGGCUUAUGCUGUGUAUUCUACAUUUUACAUCGGGGAUGAAGACAAUAAAUAUACGCUUACAGUGUCUGGAUACAACGGAACAGCGAAAAAAAUAUACAAUGACUGUUCGGAGAUUUUGAAAAGAAACCCCAGUAAGAAAGGAAAAGACGGUGUGUACAUUAUUUAUCCCGACAGUCGGAGAGAGGUCUUCUGUGACAUGACGACAGAUGGAGGAGGAUGGACGGUGAUUCAGAAACGAGAAGAUGGUGAUGUUGAUUUUUACAAGACAUGGAUAGAGUAUCAACAGGGAUUUGGGAAUGCGACUAAAAACUAUUGGAUAGGGAAUGAGGCAAUUCAUACCUUAACAAAGGAUAAAAACCAAGAACUCCGGAUAGAUCUUCAGAGGCAUAACGGAGAAGAGGCUUAUGCUGUGUAUUCCACAUUUUACAUCGGAGAUGAAGACGAUAAAUAUAACCUGGCAGUGUCUGGAUACAGCGGAACAGCGGGUGACAGUUUAUCUUAUCACAAUGGUAUGAAAUUUACAACAAAAGAUCGUGAAAAUGACAACGACCAUAUUAAUGGUAACUGUGCUAUCCAAUGGCAUGGAGCCUGGUGGUAUGACAUUUGUCACCAAGCCAACCUUAAUGGACAGUAUGCACAGUCUGCAUUGUCUGGUUUCAAAUACAUGGUAUGGAGAAAGUGGAAAGGCUCUGAGGCAUUAAAACGGUCUCAGAUGAUGAUAAGAUAG